AUCAAUACCAAUAAUAGGAAAAUCAUCUGCUGGGCAGCUGUAAAACGUCUUUACUCCACUCAAAACACAGUUCCAACCAUCUGAUAUCCCAUCUCCGCUCACACCGAACAUCAGCUCGCCACUUACGCCACAUCCAUUUGGUCCGAUCCCAGCAAUCCCGACUAAUCAAAUCUACAAUCGAACAUUCACCGAUUUCUACUCGACGGCAGCUUCAUCGCCUAUGGUACAGUAUAGCACGGUGAAGAAAUCGUCGGCUGGGAGAAAACCUAAAGAAGAGGAUAAUAUGGAGGAUGACGAUGAUGAUAAGAGGCUGAAACGUCGUCAAAGGAAUAAAGAAGCUGCUGCAAGAUGUCGGCAAAGGAGAAUUGAUUUGAUGAAGGAAUUGCAAGAUCAAGUAAAUGACUUCAAAAAUAGCAACGACAAAAAAAUGGCGGAAUGCAACAACAUCCGAAAUAAGCUCAACAGUCUCAAAAACUAUUUGGAAACGCAUGAUUGUAAACUGAGUCGCGAAGAACGAACACAUGAGAUAAAUCGAUUGAUAAUCCCACCAUCAACAGUUCCACCAUCACAACCAUAUCUUCAACAUUCGUUGAGAGUUCAUCCACCACGUGCUGACUCUGUACCAUAUUCUAUUCGAUCAGGACAUUCAUCUUCAUCGUCUGAACAACACUCACCAGUUGAGGACUAUAAGCCUUCAAUUGAUCAAUUACUUCUUCCUCCAAUCUCAUGUAUUCAAAAUAUCAAAGAUCGAAAUAUCAAUUCUAUGCCACCACCAGCUUUACCGGCAAGCACGAGUGCUGCUGGAAUUCAUGUUAUCACUUCUAUCCCGGUUUCGCAUGCCAACUCAUUACACGGUCGUUCGGAAAACGUUUUCGCAGAACCGGAACGCAAAAUUCCAAAAAUCGAGUUGGACCAAACACUGACAUCAUUGACCAUGCCAGACGACGUUGAACGUCCGUCAGCUCUUCCGACGCUUUCCAGAAUCGUUGAAAAUCAGCCGAUCACUACUCCCAGCAGGCCUUUCCGUCUCGGGGGGGAAUAUCAAAAUCAAACACCGCAGAGUACAGGGAAUGGACUAUUCGGAGGCCCACCAGGCCCAUUCGACUUGCUUUCCUCCAACACUGGUCUGACACCUUCUGGUCAGCCAACAAUGAACUUCGUUUCAACUCCAACCCCGAUUCAACCACAUCCGGAUGCUGAUCUCCGACCACUCUAGAUUCCGAUUCAAAUCAUUUUCUGUAGCGUGCAUUUGUAAUUUUCCCCGUCCAGCUCUCAUUAUUACAAAAUUUCAUACAAUUUCCCGAUUUUCUAUCCAAUUUCCAUAUCUUUAAAUUCAGCCAGUUCUCUCUUUUCUCAUUAUAGUUUCACUUUUAGCUACUGAAAUUCCCCCAACUUUCCGUUUCCAAUUAUUGUGAUAAGAAAUACAUUCAACUGUAACAUCAUUUUCUUAUUCUUCGAAACCAUCAACUUCUUCACUGGUAAAUCUUCAAGUCGAUUUUCUCCAUUUUUUUCUUCUUCAGUUUCAUUAAAUUCAUGAACUUUCCUUACCAACCAUCAAUCCCAAUGUCACAUAAACGAAUAUUUUUCAUCAUGAAUCAUUUACCUCAA